UAAAACAUUUGCACAUCUGGCAGGCUCAUAGCUACUGGACUCACACACACAUACACACACACACAGACACAGAGGGAAAGACGGAGAGCAAGAGAGAUGUUCGCUGCAAGGCUUCAUUCACUCUGAUCCUGUGACAAUCUCACAGCCCCACACCUCUCUCCUUGGGCUGACACAUGCGAGGCAGGAGCCUGAGAAGAGAGCGGAGCUGCCUCGUCCUGUUGGAGGAGGGUUUGUAACUGGGCAGUGAGGAGUUUCAACACUGCUCCUUGAGGUGGAGGAGAGACGGGCGGAAGAUUUCGUGUGUCUUAUGUGUUUCAUUUGGACACUCGACCAUUGCCGAGGGGUCGCCACCGACAUUACAUUUUAAAACAAAACAUGUUUUAGUUUUCUUCGGGGUGUCUGUUGUGUCUGGUUUUCUGAGUCAAUGGAAGGUUAAGGACAAAAAGGAAAACAAACACACACUGCGCCAAAUAGAUACAUUUAUUUUCCGCAACUGGGAAGCGCCAGGACUAACGAUGGAGACGGGCUCAAUGCGGAUCCUUCCAAAUGAAACGGGCCGCUCUGCAGCUGAAUUGAAAUCGUUUUAAUCUCUUUUAAUUUGUUCGGGAGCCUGACUUUUUUUUCUGAGCACUCCCCACCACCACCCCCACCCCGCCCAACCCCACUCCACCUCCCGUCGGCCCGAUCCCAGCAAUGAUGCUGCUCCGCAGAUUCCGGGUGCUUAUCGUCACGGUGUUUCUGAUCGCCUGCACCAUGCACAUUCUCAUUGACUUGCUGCCCAAGCUGGAGCGGAGACCGGAGCCGGGGCUUUCCGGAGGAGGGGCUGGACCGGGCUGCCCCUGUCAGCACCGGGACUCGCUGCUUGUUGGUCCCGAGCUGCAGCCGGGGCUCCCGGCCUGGGGCAAGCCACUAGCUGGGGCCGCUCCUCCAGGAGGGGGUGCCGGAGGAGAUGCUGUUGUCUGGCCCAACAAACACACCCUCCGGAUCCUGCAGGAUUUCAGCAGCGACCAGGCAGCCGGAUCGAACCGGAGCGGCUCGCAGACCCUGGCUAAGGCUGAGGAAACCGGACUGAGAGCGGGUGAGGAGCACUACAAGAGGCUGAUCCCAGAUCGGGUCCUGGAGGCUGUAAUCCGAGCUCCCGGCCAGUUCUCCAAACUGACUGCACUCUUCAAACAUCCUCUGUACCAGAGCCCGCUCCCAGCACUUACUCAAGGAGAAAUCUUGUUCAACAUUAAUACCGACAUAAAAUUUAACCCUAAACUUCCCCGCGACUGGGUGAAUGAAGAUGAGGAGGGUCUUGCAGCGACUGGCGAUCCCCCCAUAGACUCGUACCCCAACUGGUUAAAAUUUCACAUCGGGAUAAACCGCUAUGAGUUAUAUUCUCGCCACAAUCCAGCCAUUGAAGCUUUGCUGGAAGAUCUAGUGAGCCAGCGGAUCUCCAGCGUAGCGAUGAAAUCUGGAGGCACACAGUUAAAACUCAUCAUGUCUUUCCAAAACUACGGCCAGGCACUCUUUAAACCAAUGAAACAAACCAGAGAACAGGAGACGCCGCCAGAUUUCUUCUACUUUUCUGAUUUCGAGCGACACAACUCCGAGAUUGCUGCCUUCCACCUGGACAGAAUUCUGGAUUUCCGCCGCGUGCCGCCUGUUGCCGGGCGACUGGUUAACAUGACCAAAGAAAUCAGGGACGUGACCCGUGACAAGAAGCUCUGGAGGACAUUCUUCAUCUCCCCAGCCAACAAUGUGUGCUUCUACGGAGAGUGUUCCUACUAUUGUUCUACCGAGCAUGCUCUGUGUGGGAAGCCUGACCAGAUCGAAGGCUCACUGGCUGCUUUCCUACCUGAUCUGGCGCUGGCUAAAAGGAAAACCUGGAGGAAUCCAUGGCGACGGUCUUAUCACAAACGCAAGAGAGCGGAGUGGGAGGUUGAUCCUGAUUAUUGCGAGGAAGUCAAACAGACUGCCCCUUACAACAGCGGCACCCGGCUUCUCGAUCUCAUCGACAUGACUAUUUUUGACUUCCUUAUGGGAAAUAUGGAUCGGCACCAUUAUGAAACUUUUGAAAAAUUUGGAAAUGAUUCAUUUAUUAUUCAUCUGGACAAUGGACGUGGGUUUGGGAAACACUCACAUGAUGAGCUCUCCAUCCUGGUGCCAUUGAAUCAGUGUUGCAGAAUAAAGGAAUCGACAUACCGCCGGCUACAGCUCCUGGCUAAAGAAGAGUACAAGCUGAGCGAGGUGAUGGCAGAGUCACUCGAACGGGACAAACUCUCACCCAUUCUGAUAGAGCCGCACCUGAAAGCCAUGGACAGGAGGUUACGAAUCAUUUUAAGAUCAGUCAGCGACUGUGUGGAAAAGGAAGGACGAAGUGCUGUGGUGGAGAACGACAUAGACUACGAUUUCAAUUCAAUUGCGACCAAUAGGUAGUAGAGGGAGGGUGACCUCUUCUCUCGUUUUUUUUAACUCGUGUAAGUGAGAAAUGGAAAGUCUUACAGAGACUGGCUAUUUAUGUUACUUUUUGAAUUCAGUGAAUUCAGAACAGAGAUGUAAUUGUUCCCAAAUAUGUAAAGUAUAGACUCCAUCCCAGAUUAUUAUAACUGAAGUUUCUAAGUUAAAGCAUUUAUUUGUUUUUCUCGAUGAUAUCCAGUUCUGAGAUGUGAAUAUUGAACAGGUAGGAGUGUGCAAUCCCAAAACCGAAGAAUUUUUCAAAUAGAUAUAUAUAUAUAUAGAGAGAGAGAGAGAGAUUAUAUAUAAAGAGGAAUCAUGUUAAUGAGUGAAAAUACUUGAAAGCUGGUUAAACUGAUCUGAGCAACCUGGGCAUUGCUCAUUCCAAAAUGAGGCAGCAAAGCUGUAAUGUCGAUUCUCCUUCCAGCACAUGUCAAGCAGCCACUGCCAGCUUUGCUUUUCAAGUUCUUUGGUGUACAGUCACAGGCUGGUGAGCUGGUUUCUUGUGGCUGUAGGCUUUUGCAUUCACAGUGUUCUCAGAGGGGGGUGGGCGGGUGUGCGGUGUGUGGUUAAUGUUUUUGCGAUACGGUGAAAGUGCAAUAAAGAUUAUGGCAACAACUCGUGUCUGGUCUGCAUCACGAGAUUAAUUCGGUGGGGGAUUGAGGGGCAGGCUGUUUGAUGGUGCUUGGACAAUUCUCAAAGAGCAAGGUCUUCAAAGCUCAGAUGGGCCCUAACUAAAGCUGCUGUCCCCAAUGUCCUGUCCUACAUCCCACUGGUGCACAGCCCCAUUGUGGCCAAUUGCCCUCUAACCAUUCAUCCAAGGAGCUACUGAAGAUCAAAAGGACAUUGGCAAUUUGAAAUGAUAAAAUCCCACUGCACAGGAGAAGGCCAUUCAGUUUAUCAAGUCUCUGCAAGCCCUUUGAAAAGGGUAUCCAGUUAGUUCUGUUUCUUUCUGUUCUGUGUCCGUGGCCCAAAGAGUAUUCACUUUUCAAUAUUUUUUACUGAUUAACUUUGGAUUGUUGCUUUCAAAUAU